AUGGCCAGCACUCCAAAGGACCUUGAAUAUCUCCUCAAAAGACAAGAUCCUGGCUGGCACCUCGUGUCAACUCAAGCAUUCUUUCAAACCAAGACAUGGAAGUCUGGGCCCAGAAAGAACCAGCCCUGCCAGCGCUCACUCUCCCUGGCCAUUCAGCGUCACCAGCGCUUCCGGGGGCUGUUUAAUCUCUCCACACCAGUGCUGCUGUGGGGGGGCCUGUUCACCCCAGAGCUCUGGGACCACCUGAGCAGGCGUGGAGACCCCUACAGUUGGCAGGGGCUGUCCCAGCAAGCCAUUGCCUCCACCCUGAGCCUUCUGAACAGCUCAGAGAGUGCCAGGCUCUUAGCCACCCCCAGGAAGCCACCUGCGGGCUGCGUGCGGUGUGCCGUGGUGGGGAACGGAGGCAUCCUGAACGGAUCUGGGCAGGGCCCGAACAUCGAUGCCCACGACUAUGUGUUCAGGCUCAAUGGAGCGGUCAUUAAAGGCUUUGAGCACGACGUGGGCACCAAGACUUCCUUCUAUGGCUUCACCGUGAACACAAUGAAGAACUCCCUCAUCUCCUACCAGCACCUGGGCUUCACCUCUGUGCCGCAAGGACAGGACCUACGGUAUCUCUUCAUCCCCGCGGGCAUCCGUGAAUACCUGAUGCUCAGAUCAGCCAUUCUAGGAGUCCCUGUCCCUGAGGGCCCUGAUAGAGGGGACAGGCCGCACACCUAUUUUGGACCAGAAGCCUCUGCCAGAAAAUUCAAGCUCCUGCAUCCAGCCUUCAUCAGCUACGUGACACAGAGGUUUUUGAAAUCAAAGUUGAUUAACACAAAUUUUGGAAACAUAUAUAUGCCUAGUACUGGAGCCCUUGUGCUACUGACCGCUUUACAUACCUGUGACCAGGUCAGUGCCUACGGAUUCAUCACAAGCAACUACCAGAACUAUUCUGACCACUAUUUCGAACGAGAAAAGAAGCCAUUGAUAUUUUAUGGGAACCACGAUCUGCCCUUGGAGGCUGCCCUGUGGCGGGACCUGCACGAGGCCGGCAUCCUUUGGCUGUACCAACGCUGAUCCCCAAACACCAAGUGUUUGGCUUCUCACACAGCUGUAACUCUGGUCCCAAGUGGCCAAAAGCCAUUUUGACUCCUCCACCUCUGAAAGGGGCUUUGUCCCCCUUGACCACCUCCUCCUUCACAACAGAAGACAGACUCCCAAGUGCCGUCAAAGCCUGUUCGAGGCUGGGGCACCACCCACCUUGUCUUAGGCUCCUGAGAGAAAACUCUUCUCUGGGUCUUAGACAGUCAUCCCCACUUUGUCCAAGGGAAGAGCGAGCCGACUGCUCUGCUGGACUCUUUCCCAAACGGAAAUUACCACUCCCAAGUUGUGACAGUGACCUUGACAAGGCGCAGACAAAACCCCAGAUGAGCAGCUCAAAGCCAAUUGUUGGUACUGAAUUUCACAACGCAAGUCACACCAGGCAGGGUUCUGUUGGUAACCAAGAUCAAGCAGCAGCGCGGGCAAAUUGCUUGCUCACUCUCCAGCAAACCCUCCCACUGGCCCAUCAAGCCCCCCCCAAACGCCAAAGUAGCUCAAUUGCUGAGGACACCUAUAAAGAACGGAAGAUCCAUUGGAGAAACAUGCUUCUGCCCAUGAGAGAGCGAGAGGCAGAAUUUGAUUUGAGAGUAGAGAACUGCA